AUGGCUUCGUGUAUGACAUUAAAACGUUCAUUUGAACAUGAUCGAGAUUCUCCUAAUAAUAAUAAUAAUUCAUUUGAAUCUCGAACGUCUUCAUCAUCAACAAAACGUCGUCGUCGUUGUUUUCCAAUGACAGUUGUUUCAUCACCAACAACAAUGGCUAGUGAAACAACAGAAUCAACAACAGUAUUUCCUGAUGUUCAACCAAUUGUAACUACAGAUGAUUUAUUAAAUCGAAUUAAAGAAGAAGUUCGUCGUCUUCAACGACGUCAUCAAUUAAAAGUAUCAACAUCAUCAGAUUUAAAUGAUGACGAUAAUUUAAAUGAAUGUCGUUCAUCAACAAAUCAACAUCUUUUAACACUUAAACAAGUUAAUAUAAUAUGUGCUCGAUUAUUAAAAGAACGUGAAGAUAAAAUUCGUGAGGAAUAUGAUAGAAUUUUAUCAUAUAAAGUUAAUGAACAAUAUGAAGGUUUUGUUCGGUUUACACAAGAUCAACUUGCACGAAGAUUUUCUGAAUUACAAUUCUCUUAUGUUUCUUGA